AUGUCUGCGGCAAACUCACUACAACCAACACUGUCGAGAAAUCCAAUGGAUCGCGACGAGGCUGACCCAGACGGCAACACGAUUUUUCACCGUGCUGUUCUUGGAAACGAGAACCUCGACGACGUUGUCGCCCGGGCAGCCGAGCUCCAUGUCAGCGCAGACCAGCCAAACAAGGCGGGCCGCACGCCGCUUCAUGUCCUUGCCAGCCAUGGCUGGUACGAUGACGUAUUUUCACUUGGGAGUGGCUAUGUCGCAGAAAGGGUCCGUGACGUCCUUCGGCAUGCCCAUUUCCGCAAUGUUGACGCUGCCGAUGCACGGGGCCUCUACACUUGGCCGCCAUGCUUUCCGAGAUUUGUCGGCCCGCGCACGCCGGAGCAAUGUUGCCAACUGGUACGCAACGCUACGGUGGCAGAAAUUGCGUCUGCAUAUGAGAGAGACGAGGGGGACGAGGGGGACGAAGAUGCGGAUAUCGCCGGUGACGUGGAGGGCAUCGUCAACAACAACGGCCAAGUCCGUACUGAUCAGGACACGACACAGCUGCGGCCAAUCCUGCAACAGAUUUACGAAGCACAUGAAAGAGAUUACGCAGCGGGUCCACAGUCGUUCUCAGAGCAUCUUCGCGCGGUAUCUCGGAAGCUAGCUGCAUCACCCUCUUCUGAACCGGACGCAUUUCUAAAAUACACGUCACAGUGUCUUUGUGACUUUGAACGGGAGCUGGAACGGGAAGCGGAUGGCCAACAGCAUGGUGACGACAUGGGCAACGACAAUGAUCUUUCCGCAGUCGAAGAAAGAGAAUGUGGCCCCGACUUCAAAAACCUCGGUCCGGUGUUUGGUGGCGGCGACCGGAUUGUUGGCCGGCUGAUUCGAAAGCGCCAGUUCGACCAGAUCCCAAGACUGCUGCUGCGCUGGGCCACGCCAGGGUUGUUUCUGCAAGAGAACAAUCUGCGGGACAUCAAGCGUGGCAAUUGUACCGAAGACCUGCUACCAAAGCUACAGCUGUGA